AUUCAGAUCUUUAAAAGGAGGACAUCAGUAACAAAGAUAGCACUCUUCACGGGUAAAAUCAAGAAGUAACAAGAGGACACAGGACCUGCAAAGGGAGCGUGAGGUACCAACUGAAGUUGAACAUAUCUUUGAGCUUGGAAAACUCAGUCUCUUUCCACCUUUUUCUCUAUAACGCAAAGCAGAAUCCCUUGGAAAAGAUGGUACUGGAAACUCUGAAUUCAAUGCACUACAUCAUCAGCCUGGUACCAGAUGUGAUGCCAGUGGCCACAGUGCCCAUACUCCUUCUCAUGUGCUUUCUAUUUCUAAUAUGGAAUCAUGAAGAAACAUCAUCAAUACCAGGGCCUGGAUACUGUAUGGGAAUUGGUCCCCUCAUUUCACAUGGCAGAUUUCUCUGGAUGGGAGUAGGUAAUGCCUGCAACUACUACAAUAAGACAUAUGGAGAAUUUGUGAGAGUUUGGAUCAGCGGUGAAGAAACGUUUAUAAUUAGCAAAUCCUCAAGCGUGUUCCACGUAAUGAAACACUGGCACUAUGUUUCUCGAUUUGGGAGUAAGCUUGGACUACAAUGCAUUGGCAUGUAUGAAAAUGGGAUAAUAUUUAAUAACAAUCCAGCACACUGGAAAGAAAUUCGGCCCUAUUUCACCAAAGCGCUAUCUGGUCCUGGUCUUGUGCGUAUGAUAGCAAUUUGUGUUGAAUCGACAACUGAUCACCUGGACAAGCUGGAAGAAGUGACCACUGAAAUGGGAAACAUCAAUGUGUUGAAUCUUAUGAGACGGAUCAUGCUUGACACAUCUAACAAGCUCUUUCUAGGGAUUCCUUUGGAUGAAAGUGCCAUCGUGCUUAAGAUUCAGAACUACUUUGAUGCGUGGCAAGCACUUUUAUUAAAGCCUGAUAUCUUUUUUAAGAUUUCUUGGCUGUGUAAGAAACAUGAAGAGGCUGUCAAGGAUUUGAAAGGCGCAAUGGAAAUCUUAAUAGAACAGAAACGACAAAAGCUCUCCACUAUUGAAAAGUUAGAUGAUCACAUGGACUUUGCAUCCCAGCUGAUUUUUGCACAGAACCGAGGAGAUCUGACUGCCGAGAAUGUGAACCAGUGUGUGCUGGAGAUGAUGAUUGCUGCUCCUGACACUCUAUCUGUGACACUUUUCUUUAUGCUAAUACUGAUUGCAGAGCAUCCCACAGUGGAAGAGGAGAUGAUAAGAGAAAUUGAAACUGUUAUGGGUGACAGAGACAUACAGAGUGAUGAUAUGCCAAACUUAAAAAUUGUGGAGAAUUUUAUUUAUGAGAGCAUGAGAUACCAGCCAGUUGUGGACUUGAUCAUGCGAAAAGCUUUACAAGAUGAUGUAAUUGAUGGUUAUCCUGUGAAAAAGGGGACAAACAUUAUUCUCAAUAUUGGACGCAUGCAUAAGCUUGAAUUCUUCCCAAAGCCAGAUGAGUUUUCUCUUGAAAAUUUUGAGAAGAACGUUCCUUCACGCUAUUUCCAACCAUUUGGAUUUGGCCCUCGGGGCUGUGUAGGAAAGUUUAUUGCCAUGGUAAUGAUGAAAGCGAUUCUGGUAACUCUUCUGAGACGGUGCAAAGUACAGACAGUGAAAGGAAGAGGCCUUAACAACAUCCAGAAAAACAAUGACUUAUCCAUGCACCCAAAAGAAAGGCAGCCUUUGCUGGAGAUGAUUUUCACACCAAGAAGCAGCACAAACAAGAAUCAAGAUGUCUAAAAUAGAUCAUCCGGAGUGUGAAAGUUACAGGGCUUUCUCAGCCACAGCCAGAUUAAGAGAAGCCCAUCUUUCCUAGGUAAACAUAAGGAGUAAAACAUUUUGUUCACCUUCAAUCACUACUGCUGUAGGUGACCACCUGCUCUGCCUGCACAGCAAAACCAUGUUCUGGCCAUUUUACUGAAUGCAGUAAAACAUGACCAGAUUUACAAAAUAGCCCUGUUAUCUGGCGAGGUCAUGCUGUAUACAGAAUCCAUGACUACUUUUUAAACGAAUCAAGUUCAGACCAAGUUUUGCCUGACUUUUCAAACAGCACAAGCUCAGAGGUUUAGGAGUUAUGGAUGCCACACACCUGAUGUGUUUUUAAUUCCAAAAAUUUCCCUUCCAAAUUUGGACCUAGCAGUAGUUGAUUACUAUAAAAGCUCUAAUUAUCUGUUUUCCAAAAUAUCUGAAUGACCGAUAGUAAAGUUGUCUUUAGGUCUAUGAAACAAUUUUAAAUGCAUAAAGCUAUCAUGCUAAAACAUAAGUAAUUAUUGUAGAUAUGUUAAUACUUAUUUCCUCUAAAUAUAUUCAAUAUAUUCAAGGUAUAAAAAAGUUUGUACAAGAAACAUUUUUCUCUACCAUAUUUUGCUGUCCCAUUAAACAGAUAUCCAAGACUUACUGUGUUAGAUAUGCUUUAGCAGUGAUAGUAAUUUUAAGAAUACUAAGGAAUAUAUAACAGUUGAAAUAACUAUUCAAUGUUUCUAAAAACUCUAAUCCCAGAUUCCUGCAAAGAGGUUCUGUAAUCAUCCUCACCUUGCACUGGUGAUAACCAGCUGAGAAUCAGGUAAUGGGUAUGAAGCAAUACUUUCAGUAUUACAUAAGAGGCAAGUGCCCAUAGCUCUACUUCAUCUGGUUAACUGUACCAUUUUCCCACUUCACCUUGCUUUGUGGAAGAAGUUCAAAUUCUCUGUAAGUUGCCUAAGUAUUACAUUCUGUUUCCAUCUGGUUUUAAUUGCUCAAUUCUACUUCAGAGAGAGAGAUCUGGAGAUGCUGCCUCCACCCUCACAACCCUCUUCCUGCACCAUAGCAGGAGGGAAAGUCCCUCCCUAAUUAUGGACAUAGCUCUUAUUGCUUCUCCUGAAAAGCACUGGGCUGUAUCCUGCUCUCAAGUAUCUUGCACCGUACCUACUGACUUAAACAGAGCCAGUAGUGUAAACAAAGAAACUGCCUCAUGAGGUAGACUCAGCUAUUUUUAAAAGGUCAAAUGGGCUUCACUCAGAUAGGCAAGCUAAGAUGCAGGUCUCAAGGGGUAACUGCUCAGAGUUUUGCAGGGGCAAAGGAGAAGAGUUCUAAAGUAACAAGGAGAUUUUUAGAAAACAUUUUAAAGGAUUUUGCAUACACAGAUUUUUUGAUUAUUAUUAUUAGGCUUAGUUUGGACUUGGUCCUUAACAGAUCACCUACAUAGCAACUCACAUUUCUUGUAAACAGACCUAUCAGAAUCUGUAGCAAAGCCCCUGAGAUUCACUGGUAUCCCUACCAGCCUAAUGAUGAGUUCACAGGGUCAAGAACAAAGAGACCUUCCUGAUUUAAUGACAACAUCGCUUGACAGAGACUUUCCAUUUUCAGUAAACUUUCAGUUUUUACGCUGUGCAACACAAAGAACAGGCUUUUCAGGAUAAAACGCCUUGAUAAAGACAAAUAACCAGUAAACAUUAGGCUUUCUAUCCGCCUUUUCCUCCCAAUUCAUCUAAACUAUAAACAAACAGAAAAAAAGAAAAAUUGUGUUCAAAAAAAAAGUAGAAUUUUCUUUCUGAGGAAUAAGAAAGGGCUAUGAUCUCUUAUCUCUUUUCCAUGACUAUUACAAGCCAAAGGCAAUUUUUUUUCUUGAUCUAGUAUGAUAACAUAUACUAAAAUUUCCCACAGGUUAAUAAAGUAUUUUUCCAUCAGUUCUAUCCCUGGCCAUCACUGAAGGAUUUUUCACAGAAUCACAGAAUCGUUUAGGUUGGAUGGGACCUCUGGAGAUCAUCUAG